AUGACCGACUAUUGUAACACCGUCAAGAAACUGGAAAAACACUUUGAAGGGUUGGAGCUCCAUCAUGUGCCGCGACUCAAAAAACAAGCGGUUGACGACCUAGCCAAGAUGGGCUCCACUUGGAAGGUAGUACCCAAGAAUGUGUUCCUGGAACACUUACACUCUCCCACGAUCAAGGAAGAUCCUUUUGUGGAAGAGCCCCCGCAACCAGUUGGACCUUCCAAUCCGACUGAAGUAGACAUUCCCACAGUAAUUGAUUUGGUCCAAGAGAUACUGAUCAUCACUCCUGAGUGGACCGAGCCAUACCUGGCAUACUUGCUCCGGAAGGAGCUCCCAAAGGAUGAAGAUGAAGCCUGCCAGAUCACCCACCAAUCCAAGGCCUUCACCGUCAUGGGAGAUCAACUAUACAAGAAAAUUACGACUAGAGUCACUCAGCGGUGCAUAUCCCCGGAGGAAGGGCAACAAAUAUUGCAAGAGAUUCACUCAGGAACAUGUGGGCAUCAUGCGUCCUCUGGGAGCUUGGUCGCCAAACCAUUCAGAGCCGGAUUCUAUUGGCCCCGAGCCAAUGAGGCCGCCCGAGACAUAGUGGAUCAAUGCAUCGGGUGCCAGUUCUAUGCAAACUAG